AUGGGCUGCUCCACGUUUUGUGACUGUUCAGGUUAUAUAGAUGAGGUUAUUCUAUCUGCAAUCAUUUCUGCGAGUCGGGACAGUUUCUUGUUCCAUCUCCCAUCAUCCCGAGCUUCUAAUAGGGUCCGCCAUCAACUCGAACCCGCCAUUACUAGCGCAAACAAUAGGCCAGCGGUUUAUACGAUACGCCUCCAAGUGGACAAUAAUUCUCUUUCAGUAUUGUUCCACUGUCGUGGCCAAAACUCUAGCCUCUUGCACAGAAGCAUACCGUCUGAUCCCUACCAUCCUAUGGACGACAGAGCCCUAGGUUUGCUAAAUCCUGUGGAAGACGACUGGACCUUUGCGACACCUUACACCUCUCAACAUCUCCUAUGGGAGCAACGGUGCUCGAUAGACCAGCUAGGACAAUUUGGUUCAUCCCAAGAUGAGACUAGCACGGCAGCCAUUGUCUACACGCCUACCGGUCCAUCGCCUCACGAUAGCUUCGUAUAUCGCAGUGAUAUCAGCUCGACUGAUCUUUGGAGCGACAACAGCCCUAUGACCGAGUGUACCGAUCCAUGGGGUGCCCUCAUUCCUAUCACAGAGACUUCACCUUCUUUCUUGCCUUCUGACCCGGUUACUUUUGAGGAAUCACCUCCCUUCCAGGAUGACGACUGGCACCGGCCCUGGAUACCAACGAAACAGCGUCGAAAACGGAAUCGCGACACCAACAGCCUUCCUCUUCGUAAGUCCGAUAGACAAAGUCUGUCAAGUGACAAAGACACGACGUCACUGGCAAAGGAGAAGACACAACAUACAACUAUUCGCCCCAACAGAAGUGCCAGGGGUGACAAUGCUAGUGCCCGGGAACGGAACCGACUUGCAGCCAACAAAUUCCGAGCCAAGCAGAGGGAUGACCUGCUGAGACUCGAGUCCAGCGAGCAGGACCUGGAGCGCAUCCAUCGCGAUCUUUCCACAUGCGUCGCCGACCUGACCCUCGAGAUUUAUAACCUUAAGAUGGAACUUCUACAGCAUUCGGGGUGCAACUGUGCCCUCAUCCAGAACUACCUCGUCCACGAGUCCCAGCGAUAUGUACAAGUGUUAGAGGAGGGGGUUCAGCGAGGGGCCACAUCUUGGCAGCCGGAGCAGCCUGGACGGACCGAGCAAGGAUAA